UGCAUGAAAGUGCUACAGUGACUCACACCGAGCACGUCCUACCUCCUCUGUUUACUCUCCCAGGGCAGCGAGGGAGUAAAGAAGCGGACCGAAGAAAGUUCGCUCCAGCCUGGAUAUUAACUCCCCGCCGAGGCCCGGCUUAAUUAAUGAGAAAGAAAGUGUUAUUGUCCGCCUCUUAAUGGAGCCUCUUCGCGUUUCCGCUUUCUGGUGUGGAGCAAUACUCUGUGCGAGUGUUGUGUUCGAGCAGACGGGUGCUGACAUAAUAAAGUUCAGCCGGCUGUGCAUGUUUUGCGACGAAAAACCAACCAGCUGCAACGGCCGAGGAAGCUGCCAGGUGGAGUGUGGCAUCACUGCCAUUUGUGCCCACAAUGAAGAAGUGUGUGUCGCUAUUUGGAGGAAAAAAGACGACAAUGCCACAUUUGACACGGUCUGCCACAACCCAGCUGACAAGCUGUAUGGCCUGGUCCUGGAGGACUACAACAAUAGCAAGUGUGAGAUGAAAGAAAGGCACGGUAUGGGCUCUUCCUUUUUCAUCUGCUCCUGCUCUGAGGAUGAGUGCAACCGCGAUAUCAUCUUUAACUCCUACAAAGACUCUCAGGUUGCUGUCAUCUUGGUGAGUCUGGUUCCUCUGCUGGUCACGGCUAUAUUGGUGAUUUCGUCCUUCUACUGUUAUCGAGUCUACCUCCAGCGCAAGGCUAAUGCUAAACGCAAGAAAGGCGGCCCACACGACUUUAGUGACGCUCGCGCUAUCAUGGUUGACGAUGAAGGUUCUGACAGCAGCUCCACGCACGCCAAUAACCUCAAUCACAACACUGAGUUGUUGCCUAUUGAACUGGAUGUCCAGGUGGGAAAAGGUCGUUUUGCCGAAGUUUAUAAAGCCAAACUGAAGCAGGGAUCCACAGUCAGUGACGAGCAGGGCUUUGAGACUGUGGCAGUAAAGAUUUUCUCAUACGAGGAUUACGCAUCCUGGAAGAAUGAGAAGGACAUUUUCUCGGACGCCGACUUGAGACAUGAAAAUGUGCUCCACUUCCUCACAGCAGAGGAGAGGAAGAUCCAGAGACAGUACUGGCUGAUCACAGCGUACCAGCCAAGGGGGAACCUCCAAGAAUACUUGACCCACCAUAUCGUCAGCUGGCAUGAGCUGUGGUUACUGGGAGGAUCGCUUGCUGGUGGACUGGCACAUCUUCACAGUGACCACUCCCCAUAUGGCCGAUACAAGGUGCCUAUUGCACACAGGGACAUUAAGAGCUCCAACAUACUCGUGAAGAGUGACCUGACCUGCUGCCUCUGCGACUUUGGCCUCGCACUCCGGCUAGACAACUCCCUGUCUGUGGAUGAGCUGGCAAACAGUGGACAGGUGGGAACAGCCAGGUACAUGGCUCCAGAGGUCUUGGAGUCCAGGAUCAACCUGGAAAACAUUGAGUCCUUUAAACAGGCCGACGUGUACUCAAUGGCACUCGUACUGUGGGAAAUCAUUUCCAGGUGCAGCGCUAUCGGAGAGGUAAAAGAGUAUGAGCCCCCUUUCGGAAACCUGAGGGAGCAUCCGUGUGUAGAGAGCAUGAAGGACAACGUUAUCCGAGACCGGGGAAGACCUGAGAUUCCUAACAGCUGGAUCAACCACACAGGCAUCCAGGUGGUGUGUUCCUCCAUAGAAGACUGCUGGGAUCACGACCCAGAAGCCCGCCUGACAGCCCAGUGUGUUGCCGAGCGCUUUGAUGAAAUGGAGUACCUGGACAAGCUAUCGGACUGCUCCGACUCAGAGGAAAAGAUCCCAGAAGAAAUCAUUGUGGUGGACGAGAAAUAGCGCAUAAUCCAAAAAAAAUCCACAAAAAACACUGCUCCCUCCUGGGUGGCAGAGGUAUAACAAGGAACAGACUGGAAAAAUAACAAUAGGUUAACUAUAAUGGCAGAUUUCAUGGACAAACUUUACAGACAAACAGGGAUAUCACAAAAUAAAGCUUUUAUUGCUUUUGCACUUUAUCAUUAUCUAUGCAUACUAAAUGGCAUAUAUGCAGUAACUAAAAUAAAACUUUUCAUACAAAAUAAAAGAUAUUAAAAAAGUAACGUGCAAUACCAAGAUGGGUCGUUCCACCGAAUUGGUGCCAGUUGCUUGUUGACUACCAAAAUACUCUAAUACAAAAUAAAAAAACUUAAUAUUAAACUUACAUUUAAGCAUAUAAUUAACAAAUACAUGAAAUAUAAGACAAGUGGAAUAUUUGCCCACAUUAAGCACAUUACAAUCAAUUUAACAAAUAAAGGGUGCUAACGUGUCAGGCUGACAGGACUGAAUGAAACCAGAGACAUGACUGACAUGGGUUUUUUAACCUUUUAUUUUUAAGGUGUAUAGUGGAGAAUUAACAAUUAUUUUAACAUUUCUGCACUAUUUAAAAUACAGUAUUUUAUAUUAGUCUAAUUUUACCAAGUAGUGAGGGAAUCUAUUUUCCGGUGGAAAGUAUUUCAAAUGCAUCUUUUUAUUUUUAAACAUGCAAACCGACACUUUGCUUAAAGGAGCCAUAUGUGAUAUAAUCAAGCCAGAAAUGGUACUGCAAUCAUGGUCAAAAUUAUGUAGUCCCUUCCGACUCUCCCUUACUGAGGUUGCCAGAUACGCAGCCGAAUCCAGCUCGAUUGACUGGUCUACUCUAAAGAACUUCAAACUUCCGCUGCCUCUUACUAGGUGUUGAGGUGCUGGGACCAUAAUAGCUGAAUAGACAAGCGUUUUGUCAAUAACUAAUCUCCAACCAACACAUUUUACACUGAAAUUACGUUAUUUUCAGGAAGAAGUACGUCAUGCUUGCAUACAAUAUUACAACAAAUGGCAAUCAAAUGGUUAUUGUCAGUACUAUCAGAAAACAAAGACUAAAACAAACUACAACCAAAGCUACCAAUGGUUGUAAUGUUGAAAAAAAGUAGAGCAUGCUUAAAAGGGAACAUUAUCACCAGACCUAUGUAAGCCUCAAUAUAUACCUUGAUGUUGCAGAAAAAAGACCAUAUAUAUUUUUUAAACGAUUUCCGAACUCUAAAUGGGUGAAUUUUGGCGAAUUAAACGCCUUUCUAUUACUUGCUCUCGGAGCGAUGACGUCAAAACGUGACGUCACCUAGGUAGUCAACGGCAUUUUCUCAAACACAUUACACGCAGCAAGUCAAAUCAGCUCUGUUAUUUUCCGUUUUUUCGACAGUUUUCCGGUACCUUGGAGACAUCAUGCCUCGUCAGUGUGUUGUCGGAGGGUGUAACAACACGAUCAGGGACGGAUUCAAGUUGAUUUACUUAGAAUGUGCAUCGAUUAACACGGCAUGCUAAUAGAUGCUAACAUGCUAUUUAGGCUAGCUGUAUAUACAUAUUGCAUCGUUAUGCCUCAUUUGUAGCUAUAUUUGCAACCAGCCUUUCCCUCCAUCCACAUUUAAUGCCAAACAAACACUUACCAAUCGACGGAUUUAAGUUGCUCCAGUGUCAAUGCGUAAGUCCCGAUCGUUUGGUCUGCACAUUUUAACGGCGAUGCUAAGGCAAACAUGCUAAGGCUUCAGUUUCCUCUUCAAUUUUGUUUUCGCUAUCUGCCUCCAUACUCCAACCAUCCCUUUUAAUACAUGCGUCUGCUGUUGAAUCGCUUAAGAUGCUGAAAUCCGAGUCUGAAUCCGAGCUAAUGUCGCUAUAUCUUGCUGUGGUAUCCGCCAUGUUGUUUGUAUUGGCAUCACUAGAUGACGUCACAGGAAAAUGGACGGUGGCUUCGCAGAUUGCGAAAAUCAGGCACUUUAAAGCCUUUUUUCGGGAUAUUCCAGGAUGGGUAAAAUUUUGAAAAAAACUUCGAAAAAUAAAAUAAGCCACUGGGAACUGAUUUUUAUUGGUUUUAACCCUUCUGAAAUUGUGAUAAUGUUCCCUUUUAACAGCCUAAUGUAAGGCAAAAACUAUAAGAGACAUUUUACUAAAGUAUGCCUAUAGGCUACUGUUUAACUUGGUACAUGUAGUCCACAUUAUGCAAACAUGAAUGAGGAAUUAUUUUAUCAUGUGAUUUAGCUGUCUCCAUACGUUUCACAUUGCCAUGACAACAGCCGUGCUAAUGUUGCAACCCAUUUCCUCAGCGUAUCAGCAUAUUGAGAACGAAAUAGGCACUGACACGACCCACAUCCACAUAGGAUUUAUUUGUCAAAAACACAUUUCGCCCUGUCUGUUCGAAUACAUAUGUCGAUGUGUCAUUGACCGGACUAGCAUUCUAACCAUCACACUAGGAGCUAAGCACCAUCACGCUAAGCAUUCGUUGCAUGAACAUACUGGCUUUGUUAGACAAGAUGAUAGACUGUAUUGGACAAUAUAGUUUACAUACGAAAUAUCCAUUUCCAUUUAUUACAAGUAAUAGGUAAGUAAGGCUUUUACGUUUUCUUAUCAAGGAGUUUGGCGUCAUAUGAAAUAAUCGUCUCCCCCUUCAAUUGUCUCCAUCUUUCAUCCUCAAUACAAAUCCUAGUUUUGUGCCUGGCUUUGUCAUGAAAAAGUUGAGAAUCGUAAUGACGCCUUUUAGAUUUACUAAGGUCUGACAUGUUUAGUAACCUUACCAGAGGCAGUAGCCAGACAAAGAUGGCUGUGUGUAACUGGCAACCUGGAUGUAACACACUCGCAUACUUUCACAUAGGUUAAAAUGGUGGAGGGUGGGGCAUCGAAAUGAAAACAAUAAGAUUUUGGGGCUGUAAAUUUAAUUUUGAAAUGAGCAUAUCCCGGCUGAAUUACCGUUAUCAGUUGUAGAGGUAUUCGAAAAGAACAUUGUUUAUUAAUGCCUUUGGACAUAUCAGGGCCAUUUGAUGAGGACUUGACAUGAACAUAUUACAUAUGGCUCCUUUAAUCAUUUGUUUUUCUUUUACAAUGCAUUUUAUCGUGCAUUAGUACAUUUUAUUUCCCUGGGAUGCAAAUGCCACCAAUUCAGUGGAAUGGACUUUAAAUAACGCUGUUCCCUCCAUGUGUCAUGGCAGCGGCAGCAGUACAGCCGUUUUGAAACCAAAACAAAGGUUCCAAAGAUCUUUUUUUCUUGCGCUGUGAGGACGAGUUAUUCAAGAAUAUGUGUGUGUUAAUCAGAGCAGUGUGGUAAACAACAAAUAAGGAAAUCUGCCUAAUCAUUGCCGGACAAUAAAGAGGAAAAGUUACAUAAUCAAAGAUCUAACCUGCUGCCUGUUAAUAAAGCUGAAAUCUUUAUACAUAAAAAAAAAUGUUUUGCAUGAAAGUUUAAAGCUAUAAUUAUUGAUGCAUAAAGUAGUGGUGUUAUUGUUUUCAUGGGUUUGUCAGCUGGUUUUGAGCAAGCCAGUGAAAGUUAGUAUAUUUGGAAAGCCUUAACAGACAUUUGCAAUGUAAUUAAUGACAAUGAUAUUGCUUUGCCUUUAAAUAAUAUGUAAAUACACUGAAUGCUUAAGCCUGGCAGAGUUACGUCGUCCAUUUUUUACAUUUUCUUCAUGUUUUCCCUCCCAGCAAUACUCAUUGUUUACAGUGUUAAUUUUUUACUCACUCAUCAAAGGUGUCUUGAAAGCAUUUCCACCCAGCAAGGACGGGGGCGUAAACCAAAGACUGUUUCCUGUGUCAUUUCUGUAUCGUUUUGCAGAUUAAAUUGUUGUCUAAGCCUA